ACCUAAAAGCAGCAGUCUUUAUUACCGGAAAGUGUAGGAUAUAUGAGUAGCUGUCCCCAAUGCUGUUGGGUUGCUGGUUGUAUAAUGUUCUUGAACAACUCCCGCUCUUACUGAUCGGCCGAACAGACUGAUCACUGAUAAACGGCGAAUUAUCGGCUUAAAGACCACUUAAUUGCGUGCGAGUUGUUUGACUGUCAUUGUGGAAAGUCUAACGUAACCAAUAUUAGAAAGAAGGGUUGCAACAAAAACCAAAUAAAAGAGCCUGACUCGAAUCUUUAUUGUGACUUUACAAUUAGAAGUAUUUUACACGUUAUGUAUUAAUAACAUAUUACGUUUUAAAAGAACAUGAAGGUACAUGUAACGUCGAUACAUCACUUUUGAGUAAAAUUGUGUCUCGUGAAUUAGCUAGGAUGCAAUGUGAGUGAUUUGUAUCCGAUUAAAGACAAAGUGGCGUGGAACGGCUCCUCGGCGUCGAAGCUCGGAAAUAUUUGAAAGAAGCUCAUUGCCAUUAUCGGAACUUAACGACGAACUUGCCUGCACCGCGUAGUUCAUACAGAUAUCUACGCCAAAGUGUGCUCCUUUCCAACAAAGUUAGAAGACACUUGUUAUAUAUCAGUAGUAGUAUUACACGGAAUAAAUCUAAAAAAUAUGGAUGAUCAACAGUUCAGAAAAGCAGGAAUAUGGGCCAUCGACUACUUCAUCAAUUAUAUGAACGGAAUUCGAGAUCGAAACGUUUUACCCAGCGUAGAGCCAGGAUAUCUACAAAAGAGGCUACCCCAUGAGGCACCUGAAGAACCCGAGAGUUGGCAGACCGUUGUAGCAGACAUCGAAGAGCAUAUUAUGCCUGGAAUUACACAUUGGCACUCUCCACACUUCCAUGCUUACUUCACCACCGCGCAAAGCCCGCCCGCGCUUCUGGCUGACAUCCUAUCCUCUACUAUCGCCUGCAUUGGAUUCACCUGGAUUGCCAGUCCAGCGUGCACAGAGCUUGAAAUGAUUACGAUGGAUUGGUUGGGGAAGAUGCUUCGGCUGCCCGACCAUUUUCUCUUCAGUAGUGGUCUAGGAGGUGGUGGUGUAAUCCAAGGCACAGCUUCCGAAUCGACUCAUAUGUCGUUACUGGCAGCCAAAGCAAAAGCAGUCACGACUUUGCUCAAAGCUAAUCCUCACUGGAAAGCCGCUGAUAUUCGUGAUAGGCUCGUUGUAUAUGCGUCUGAUCAGGCACACUCUUCAGUGGAACGUGCGGCUCUUCUAGCUUGCAUUAGAUGCCAUCUCGUGAAGGCUAACGAAGAGACUCUCGCUAUGAAAGCAGUUACACUAGCAAAGGUGAUCGAAGAUGACAGACAGUUAGGCUUUCUGCCCAUGGCUGUGGUUGUUACAUUGGGAACAACAAAUACGGUUGCGUUUGAUGAGCUCGACCAUAUCGGUCCACUUUGCGCUAAGGAGAAGCUAUGGCUCCAUGUUGAUGCAGCAUAUGCCGGUGCAGCUUUUAUCUGCCCUGAAUUUCGACCAUUGCUUGCGGGAGUCGAAUACGCUGAUUCGUACAAUUCGAAUCCACACAAAUGGAUGCUCGUUAAUUUCGACUGUUCAACUCUCUGGAUUCGACAUCGGGAGGACUUCGAGAACGCAUUCAAGGUCGAUCCGCUUUACCUCAGACAUCCUUUUGAGGGCAGUGAAAUGCCUGAUUAUCGGCAUUGGGGAGUGCCUCUGGGUCGACGAUUUCGCUCUCUCAAGCUCUGGUUUGUCAUGCGUAUGUAUGGAGUAAAGGGUCUACAGGAGUAUAUUCGAAAAAGUGUCGCUCUAGCCAAGGAGUUCGAACACAUGAUACAACAAGAUGAGCGAUUCGAGAUCGUCUUUCCUACCACACUUGGUCUCGUCUGCUUUCGAUACAAGGGUACAAACCGCGAAAAUAAAAUGCUUCUUGAAAAAGUCCAUGAGCGUAAAAAAAUUUUCCUGUCUCCUUGUGAAGUCAAUGGAAGGUAUAUUCUGCGUUUUGCGAUUUGUGGCCGUCUAACAGAGACGACAGACAUCUUGUUCGCUUGGAGCGAGUUGCUUACCGGGCUGCAUGCAAUGAUUACUGAAACUACUAAAACCUGUGUCGACGAGGAACAACAAUUGAAUGAGGGGGCGCUUGAUAAUGCAGUCUGGGCAGAAAAACACUGUCUGGUCGAGAGACUCCCGCUUCCAGGCGACAAACCCAAUGAAUUCAGGCAAUUACUGCGAUCGGAAGGCAUCUUACAUAAAUCUUGUUCUCAACUACGCCAAUGGUUACUCGGGCACAGAAGUCCAGGAGCAAUGCGAAAGGAACGUCACAUUGACCAGCAAAGGUGCAAAAACAGCGUAGAUGCGAACCAAGCUGGCCCGGAUUUAGAAUUGCUGAGUACAGAAAAAGAAAUUCCACGAGAUUCAAGAACCACAAAGAGCUGAGAACUGAAUUGUGCUCAUAGUACUGGCCAUUGAGGAGUCAGCACAAUGAACGUGCCGAACCAGAGCUUCAGACAAACUUAGUAACUUAUUUUUAAGUUCAUUAUGUUAAAUAAAAAAUCUUAACUCGUUA